GGGAGUCGUGCUCACAAAUGGCUGCAGAGAGAAGUGCGGAUCUCCGGCAUCGAUACUACUUCGCGCACUGACUCUGUGCCGACUCCACGAGGUCCGCUCAGGAUUUUAUGUCUCCAGCGAUGGAGGCCCAGGGAAGCAGUGAAGUCUUGCAGGCGGAGAGAGAGCGGAUUCGCCGGGAGAUCCUGGAGUUGGAACAGCGCCUGGUGGGAGUGGGCGCCAUUGAGGAGCUGGGAGGCAAAGCGGGCGGAUAUGAUGAAGAGGAAGAGGAGUGCAUCCAACUGGUGGAGACCUCUGGCAGGGAAACUGCAGCUCAGCUCCCGGACAGCAUUUCGGAUGAUGAGGGAGAUGACCUUCCUGAGGACCCUGAAACCUGCCUGCAGAUGAAUCUGGUGUACCAAGAGGUCAUUGUGGAGAAGCUGCAGGACCUGGAGUUGCUGCUCACCCACAAUAAGGAACAACAGGCUGAAAUCAUGUGUGACCUGGCAGGACAAGGUGUAGAGAAGUCAAAAUCAGCAAAGAGUCAGUCCUCCCUGUUCCUGGGGCACUUCAUGAAACCAUACUUCAGGGAUAAAGUGACUGGUCUUGGUCCUCCAGCAAACCAAGACACAAAGGAGAAGGCUACACAAGGCAUAAAAUCCUUUGAGGAAUUUCUCAUAACUAGCUGGAAGCAGAAAGAGAAGGACAAGCUAAGAGUCUCGAUUGCAAAUGAUUCGACCCAGCGGCUGCUGCAGCCUAAACUCAUGAGGCUUGAGUACCUGAACAAAAAGCUGGAACUUUCCCGCAAUGAAAAGGAGAAAAAUAGCUUGAGGAAGCAGAUUGGUGAAACUGAGCGAGAAAUGGAAGAGAUCAACCAGAUGACACAACGGCAGUUGUUGGGAAACAGGUUUGAUGACCACGAUUGGAUAAAGAUUGCCAACAUUGAUUUUGAUGGAAGUCGCAAGGCAGAAGAUAUUAAGAGGGUCUGGCAGAACUCUGAACACCCAAGCAUUAACAAAGGACAGUGGAGCAGCCAAGAGACGCAGCAGCUAAUUGAGAUCGCAGAGAGAUGUGGCUGUGUGGAUUGGGAGUGGAUUGCAAGUGAGCUAAAGACAAACCGUACCGCUUACAUGUGCCUUCAAAAGUACCAAGAGCAUAACAAGGACCUGAAGAAGAGAGAGUGGACCAAGGAAGAAGACCAGAUGCUUACUGAACUAGUGCAAAAAAUGAGAGUUGGAAACUUCAUCCCAUAUACAAAGAUUGCGUACUUUAUGGAGGGACGGAAUGGUAGCCAGAUUUUGUAUCGCUGGUCCAAGUCUCUAGAUCCCACACUCAAAAAAGGGCCCUGGUCACCAGCAGAAGAUGCGCUUCUCCUGAAGGCAGUGGCAAAAUAUGGAAGCCGGGACUGGUUUAAGAUUCAAGAGGAAGUGCCUGGGAGGAUUGAUGCCCAAUGUAGAGACAGGUACCGGAACGGUUUAGAUCAAAAUGUGAGAAAAGGAAAAUGGACAGAACAGGAAGAGAGCACCUUUAAAGCGCUGAUCGAGAAGCAUGGAGUUGGCAAGUGGGCCAAGAUAGCUGCAGAGCUAUCAGGCAGGACAGACACUCAGUGCCUUAGUAAAUGGAAAAUACUAACAGGUCUGAAGAAGGCUCAAGGGACACGGAAAAGGAAGAGGAGGCGACAAGUCACGAAGUUGAGUUGGGAAAGCAGCUCCGAGGAGAGUUCUGAGGACUUGGAGGAGGAUGACAAAAUCUUGGAGGAGAUGGAGCAGGAGCAAGAGGAAGACGAUGAGCAAGAGGAAGACGAUGAGCAAGAGAAAGUCCAGAAGAUAGAACAAAAGAAAUUGAGGGUAAAACAUAAGAAGCCACGUGAGACCAUAGUGUUGGAUGUGGACCAGUGGGUCCCAGUUGUAGAAAAUGAACAGCCAACUGGUGAGAAAAGCACAAACUGCCAAGAUGAAAACACAGCAAUGGAACAGCCUUUGGACAAUUGGAAGAUUGAAAGUCAGAACCAUCGCGGGAGACCCAAGUCUAGCAAGAUCUGGAGAAAUUUCCCUGAGACAACCAGCGCCGUCCCAAGUGCGGGUGAAACGGGUGUAGGAUCAGCAGACAGUGCAUCAUCUGCAUUAACAACAGUGCUGGAGCCAGACCCACCUCCCAAAAUUGCCCAGUGCCCAGUGGCAAAUAAUGCGCAACAGGAACCUCCAGCAUCCCAAAGGGAUCCCAAGCAGGCAAGGUGCAGGAUGCCCGCAGCAUACCUCUCUGAAAGGAAUUUGGACAGAAGUUUGCUUGCAGAGAUCUCCCGCUGGACUAAAAGGCCAUUUGUUCGGACAGAAAUUGAUGUCCUGCGUGAGAAACUGGAGGCAACUGGUUUAAGCAGCACUCCUGUUUUUGUAUUCUUGCUACAGGUGUUCCGGAUUGACAAAGAAGGCUGCAUGCAGAUCAUAAAAGACAAGAUGAAUAAGGCUGAUCAAAGCUUGCCAGUCAACAAGAGUGAAGACAAUUCAAGGCUAGGCCCUCACCUGAACCAAGUGAAAGGAACCACCAUUGACGUAGGCAAUGGGCAGACCAUGGAAAUGAGUCGGUUCAAGCUGAGUUCUGCACCUCUGAGGGAGAAACCAAAGACUGUCCUAGAGUUACUCGCUGAGAAGCGAAGAGCUGGGGGUCUGGCGAAAGCCUCGUGCCCUGUGCCCAGGCCUGUCAUCAUUCCCCAGCCAUUGAUAAUCCAGCAACCACUACAGGUGACAAUUCUGCCACAACCAGCAGCUUCAAGCAAGGUGCCCAUCGGUCCUGAACCACAAGUGACUGAACAACCCAGUAAACUUUCACCAAUUCAAACCAGGAUCACCAGGAGCAGGACAAAGCUUGCAGCUAGAUCCACUGUCGGGCAAGCUGUACAUGAUAAGCCAGUGGCAGGUACGCAGGAGUUAUCAGGGCAACUCAAGGGAGAGGAUGAGCUAGGGGUGACUCCACCACUACACAGUAGUCGGGUACAUUCAUCAGCUGCAGUCAAACCAGUAAAAAAUCUCGAGACAGCAUCUGCAUUGACUGCUCCUUCUGUUCAACCUGCUGCAGCCAGCUGCAGGGGUAAGCGGCUGCAGCCAAUUGCCCCAGCACCACCAGCGCAGCCUGUGCUGCAGCCCAACAGCCUGGUGGUUCCACUAAUGCUGCCCAACUCCACUGUACCCAUCAUGGCACUGGUCACUCCCCAGGGCUUGCUGUGUAUCCCUCCAGGCACAGUCAUGGGGCUACCCACUCAGAAUGCUCAAGCUCUAGCCACAGCCACUGUAGCCAGCCAAACCAGUACUACAGUUGUUACCACUAUGCCCCUGGGUGGAGCGAGCACCAGCACUGCAACUGGAGCACCAUUGAACUCCCACUUUGCACCCAGUCACUUAGUGACUGGUGACCCCAGCGUUGCACCAGUGCAGACCAUCUCCAGUAUAAAGCCAUCAUCAACCCAGCCACUGAACUCUCCUUCACUGGCAGUGUGCAAGUUGAUCCCACCAUCAUCCAAUUCAGCACAGAUUCAACAGACACAAACACCGACGCCUGCGAAUUGUGGAGCAUCAGCUCCAGCUCUGACAUCAACCAGUGCUGCAACACUGUCUGCAGAUCUUCCAGCAGCUAACCAUAUUGAUCCCAACAUCCCCACUCCUCCGACCACCAUGCAACUUGCUCAGGGACCUGGAUAUUCAAGGAUGACUGCAGAUAUUCCAAGCACCGGGUCUUCAUGUACACAGCCCAGCACCUUGACACAACCCAAGGGAACCAAUCUGCCAGCUACACGGUUGCAGUCGGACAAAGCCUCGAUUGACUUUAAACUUCUGUAUGACAACAAAGAUCUAGUAAUGAAAGGCUGGCUGGAAGGUGAAGGUGGUGUCCAUGUACCAGGGACACAAACCAGUCUACCUUAUCUGCCACCCUUUGCCUCGACUCUGAGAGGUUUCUCAAACCUUCUGCUGCACAAGAAGGUCCUGGAGCAGAACUUGCCUGCCCUUGAGCAAGACAAUGUAAAUGAACCAAAUGAUCCCAAAAAAAGACUUGAAGCUGCCAGGGUCCUAGUGAGCAAGCACCUGCAGAACAACCCUGCCUACCAGCUCUUGAAAGCUCGAUUUCUCUCUGCUUUUACACUACCUGCGUUUCUGGCCACAUUGCCGCCAAAGGGAACUUUGACCACAAUUGGCUCAUUAACCGAAGGUCUCAACCAAGACUCCACAGAAGAAAGUGAGUACACAGAGACAGAUACGGAGAGUGAGGAAGGUACUGAAGGAUUGUCAGAACACUGCAUCACAGAUGAAGUAACCAACAGAGAGCUAAACCAACCCGUUGAAAUCCCUGCUGAUCUGUCAUUUGGUUGCGACUUGCUGGGCAGCCUGGAAACAAUUGUCGGGGAUCAAAGUAACCCAGGGCCUCCCAUUGCUCCAGAAGUCUCCAAUGCCCCUGAGGAUGAGAUGCAAGUGCCAACCAGACGAAGCCGUCGUCUGAGAAAAAAUCCCUGAAAGUUGCAGAAUAUGCUGAGGAAUGAUGGUUACUGUUUUCUCGGAUUUGCUUCACUUCUGAACCUGUUUUCUGUUGAUGGAGUAGAAAUUGAGGGCCAGUCCGAAGACCUCUCACAAAACUAAAUUUCUAAUGAUUGACACUGAUUUUGUGUAGACAGCUGGAAGGAAGGGAUCAAAUAAUGUUUGUUUCUAACGUUUGUUCAGUCAUUUUAAUCAUGGUGGCAGAUUGCUUUCUGCAGCUGUGACAUUGUGUUUCUAUGGCCUACUUUUAGGGACUAUGAAUUGAUGUUUAGGGAGCUUCUGUGUAAAACAAUUGUACAGAAUCCUGCAGCUCCCUGGACCCUCUGUAAUUUUUAUGUAUUGUAUGUGGCAAAAUAAAAGUAUUUUACUCGUAAAUAAAAUUCUUUAAAUUC